AGUACUUCGGGAGUAUAUAGUUUCGUUGAAAUCAAAUUUUUUUACGGAGUAUUGUUAUUUGAUUAACAUCAACGUCCCAGACAAGUCAUUAUAACGCUCUCGUCAAUAGUAGCUUAGAAGCUGACAUAGUGUUCAGACGCUCCAUUCGCUGGAAAGUAGGAUUUUAAAUAAAGAAUAAUUUUUUUCAAUUUUAUUCUUAUAGAAUGCGUAGCUCUAAAAUGUCUUCUGCGAUAACGAUUUUAACCAUUCUGGUUUUCUCAUGCUGGUUCCUUGAAAUCAAUGGUGUUCCAUAUCAAAUGCGAUCUGAGUAUGAGGUGAAUGAUUAUGAUAACUAUUACGACGAAAAUGGCAGUCAACGAGAUGUUUAUGAAUCGAAUAUUUCUUCUUUCGACAACAGUCACGAGAAACUCAAAAAUAAAAGUCAAAAACAGUCCAAACAACAAAUUUAUGAAAAAGAGGACAUUAACAAAAAUGAUCAGGUUCAAAUCAAUUACAAUUAUAAUCAGAAUAAAUAUGGGAUUUCAAAUUCAAAUGAAAUCGAUAAGCAGUCAGAAUUAUUUGACAAUGGUUACGGUGAAAGUAUUCAAGGCAAUAUAAAUCUACAGAUGAAUUCAAAAUUGAUUGAAGACAAGAAACCUAAAUAUAACGAUAAUCCUAUCAUGGAUCCUGUUAUCCAUCGAGAAAAAAGUAGCUUUUUUUUGGAAAACGAUGAAACUCAAUAUCAUAGCGAAGAUGUUAGCAAAUCUGAAGAGCAAGAACAUACAAAAAAGUGUACAAAUGGACCACUCCAAAAAAAUCAACAUUACAGUCAAAGUUUUCGUCAGAAGAAUUCAUCUAUUGAAUUGGCAGAUAACUUUCGGAUUACAGGUGAUCCUAUUCUCAAGAUAACAAGUAGUGUUCAUGACAGUGAAGAUAUCACACUAUGUUGGAUUGAAACAACAACAGUGAAAGAAGACAAGAAAGCAAAACCGGCAAAACGUCAAGUUUUCCGAGAAUUUACGAUAUCGUUUGAGAAUUCAGCACCGAUACCUGAUAAGUAUUUAGAUUGUUCAAGGAUGAAAGGCGAAAUAUUAUCAGGAAAAAUGAAUGUGUUGAAAAACACAUCGUUUCAUGAAAUUAUUGAAAAAGAUACAAAAAUGAGUAAAGUUGUGAAUUUAACUACUCAGAGUCAUGAUGGGAAUCUUUUUGUAACCGAAUAUAAAUUAAUACGAUGCUCAACUGGUACAUCAGUUACAAAAGAUGUUUCUGAAUGGGUUAACAAAGCAGAGCAUAAAAAAAAAAGAGUUGAAAUAAAGGUUGGACCAGUGAAAAAAAUUUUGAAACCUAAGAAGCAUAAUGAUGUUAAUAGUGAUGCUAAAAAUUUAAAUACUGCCGAGUAUAGCCAUAUAGAACCAAAAGAUGUCACAAAUUGUACUGGAAAUGUCCAUUGUGAUGAAAAGAAGUCGAUCGCUAUGCCACCAUGUACUGGAGUUGAUUGUGAACAAAAGGGGUCGUCCUUACAAGUUUUAACAGAAAAGAUUUCGACUAAAUCACAUACCAGUGAUGUUUCAGCAACAGAAAUUCAUAGUAACCCCUCGAAUAUUUCUACACCCGUUCGAGAUAACAAUGGGUUGAUUACUGAAAAUGAAGAAAAAUUUUCAACAUCAACACUUUCUACUUUAAAUCUUAAAACAGUUAUUCUUGGUACAUCUUGUGUAGGAGAAAAUUGUGACCUGAUUACGACAGAAUCACCAGUAAAAGACUCAAAAAAUAGCAAAAAGUGCUCCCCAUCGUCCGAUUGUUAUUUUUCUUCAGAAGUCAUAGGUCAACAAAAAUAUGACAAUAACAAUUCAUCAUCAGUAAGUACAAGUAGAAAUUGUGAUGAUUCAUUUGAAGUAUGUAACAGUUCCGAAUUUUCGGAUAAUAGUAUUGAAAUACCAAGCUCAAAUGAUGGUCAAAGAUUAAUAUACACGGAAAUGGGUGUUCUUAAUGACUCUUCAACGAAUAAAAACUACAACAGCUUUGAGGAAAAAAUAACCAUUUUACCGAUUUUACCAUCGCGAAAUUCUGCGAAAUUAUCACUAGCAAAUUUGAAAGAAAAAUCAAAUGUUUCCGUUAUGUCAUCGACAGAUGUAAUAACUAAGGAUAUAGAUUCUACUACUCAGUUUGUAAAAAAAGGAAAUGAAUCAAAAUUGAGUAAAAAUAAUACAAAAACUAAGCCUGACCGCAAACAACCAACUAAAAAUGUUACAACCAAGAAAAAAACAGAUAAAACAUUGCCUUUGGGUAAAAAAAACAUCAUUUGUAGUGACAUAAAUAAUUGUCAAAAACUAGCAGAUUUUAACAAUGACAUAUUAAGCAAUUAUUCUAUGAAAAUUACUUUGGCAGAUGAUGUUACAUCUACGAAAUCAAAACCGAAUAAUAUAUUAAUUAAUUCAGACGACGAAACUGAAUUUCAUGAUUCAAAUUCUAAAUGUAAUAUAACUGAUAGCCAAUCUGGUGAGAGUAACUGCAUGAAAAAUAUUCGAUUUAAUGAAAAUCUAUCAGAUUUUUCAAAAUUAAACUAUGAUCAUGAUUCUAAUGUUUCGACAACUGAUUUCAUGUCAGGCAAAAACUCCAAAAAAAUUCCAUAUGAUUUCAAUUUGAAUAAAGAUAGCAAAAACAAAGUACCAACGUUAGAUGUUAAAUCGAUGCUUUACCGAAAGCCAGGUAAGCCUCGACUGGCAUUGAAAAUAAAAUUAUUGUUAGAACAAAUAAAUGAAAAUAAAGAAAAAAAACCAUUGGUACAGUUAGAAAAAAAAUUAACAUUAAAAGAUAAUUUAAACGAUGACGAAAAUGAAAAUUUAAUAUCUAGAAUUCGUGCACUUAAUAAAAGUACAGAUGAUUUGCAGUCAAUAAAGGAUUUAUUAAAUUGUACGGUUUUAGGAAACUUAACGGAUAUUAGUUUCGAUAUAAAUGAUGAUAUUCGCAGCGGAAUCAGCAAUCCAAAAUUACAAAACGCAAUUAAAGAUAUAAUUCAUAAUCAUACGGAAGGAAGAAUAGAAAAUUAUCGAAGAAAAAAGAGGAAUAUUAGAACAUAUGUUGACAGUAAAAAAAAUGAGUCGAUGCAAAUUAAAAACAUUAAAAAAUGUUUGCCAGAAAUUCGGAAUGAUUUGAAAACCGGACUCAAUGAAAUUUUAUCUAAAAUAUCAACUAAUCUCAAUACCUCGAGACAAAAUACAUUUGACGAAGAUACUCAACACGAAAUCAAACCAUGGAAAACUGGAGCUAUUGUGAGUAAAAAUAAAAAUGCAAGAGUAAUUUCUCGAGACAAACGAAGUACGCAAGACUUAAGGAAUGUCCUUGAAUGGUCGAAAGAACGAAUUCAUAAGUCAGCUGAUGGAUCUCAACUGAGGAGUGUAACAAAACUAACGGCUUUUGGAGACUUUGAAGAACUGCCUGAAGAUUCUUAGAAAAAUUGUUUUGAUUAAUGCUAUAAAGUUACUUGAAAAAUAUAAUUACUAAUGGAAAUAAAAUCUUUUGAAUAAUAAGAAAAUUAUUUUUUUUUUUUUUUUAAGUUUUAGGAAUUUCUCGUAUUUUUGUUUUAUGAUUAUUGGGGCUUCUCAUGCAGGAGAACACAACAUGGGCAAGUAUUAGCCAAUAAUCCGCAAACAUUAAUGCGCCAUUACCCUUUGGUCACCCCAGGGUAAACCAAGUAUGGCCCAAAAAAUUAAUUUCAAAUUGCAAACACUGAGAAAAAUUAUUUCUAACAUUUAGAAAUAAACUUCUUGACGAAAAAAUUCUUAGAAGAAAGAAUAAAUUAUUCAUUAAAUAUAACAGUUGUUUGUUCAAUAAUUGCUUAAUUGGUUUUUGAUGUGUAAAGAUCUUUAGGCGCCGGUAUCAGUUGGAGUUAAAUGUAAAAAGCAAAAAAAGAGCGUCAUAUCCUUUGACGAAUGUUAGUCUGACUCUAUUACUAUAAUAAGCGCAAUGGUAGUAUUAUUUAUAGUAUGAUAGGUUAGCCAGUGGUCAGUAACUGUUACCAUGAUGCAAUAUUAAAUGUAAAUGAAUUA